AUGUCGGCAGCAUCUGCGGGUCUGGAACUGUACCAUCUGACGUUACAAAGGCAAUCCAACUACAUCCAUUCUUGCGUGGGGCAUUUUGUAGACCUUCCUGGCAGCGCUGUUGGAAAGCGUAAAUCGAGGAAAGACUACCAAGUAUGUAUCGCUAGUGAAACACAUCUCGAGCUUUAUGACCUGGAAGAAGGGGGAUUCCGAUGCCUCGCAGUGGUGCCAAUCUUCGCUACGAUCACUGCCAUGCAGAGCUUACCAGUGGAGACCAAUUACUCGUACUUGGUUCUGGUAACAGACUCUGGCAAUCUGUCUUUACUUCAAUUUGUUAACGAUGCAAAAACCAUAAGACUACAUUCACUAUUCAAUGAGCCCUUUGCGAGAAGUGGGCUCCGAAAGCUGGCGCCACAGAGAUAUGUCGAGGUUGACCCUCAGGGCAGAUGCAUUUUCAUAUCUGCCACCGAACGCAACAAACUGUGCUACCAAACGGACUUCAGAAAUAGCACUCUCAAUGUUUCCUCACCUUUAGAAUUCCAGAAAUCAAAUCGCAUUACAAUUUCGACAACCGUGUGUGACGUGGCAUUUGACAAUCCAACGUACGCAUCGUUGGAGAUGGAUACUACGGAUGGCUGCAAAUACUUGGCAUUCUAUAUGUUGGAUUUGGGUUUGAACCAUGUAGUCCAGCAAAUUGAGACUUCAUUGCCUUCGAGUGCUAAUUUCGUCGUCGCUGUACCGAAUCUGGAGCGGUACGGUGUCAACACAAAGUCAGAGCAACAUGAAUCUCAAGCUAACGACGACGCAAUAAAUUCGUUUGUUAUAGUGGCUCUAGACAGUAGGUUGAUGCUCAAAGACGCUCACGGGAGUUUUGGUCUUGAGGUAAAUUUGCCGACUCGGACCUCAGAGGCUCUAACUAUUAUCUCGGCAGCAGUACACAAGCUUAAGAAGGAAUUUUUCAUACUGUUGCAAUGCAACAAUGGAGAUCUGUACAAAGUGAAAAUAAUACCUGAUGAAGAUUCCAAACUUCGCCCCAAAAUCACAGUGGCUUACUUCGACUCAAUCGCACCCAGCUCGAAGCUUCAUAUUUUUCGAAAUGGGUUACUUUUGUCUCUUCAAGAGCUUUCUGGAUACAGCCUUUAUGAAUUUGAAAGUUUAGGCGAUGAUGAAAAUACUCUGACAUCAAAUGAGCCGGCAAAGCAUUUGAAGAUAACACCUUCGUCACAACUUGAGAAUUUGUCCGUUCUACAUCAAUCUCAUAGUUCAAAUCCGGUUCUGGCAUCCGAGGUGGUCGAAUCUACACCGCUUACACUACUCAUGAGUCAGUGUAAGCAGGACCUGAAAAUCUUAAAAUCCGGGGUCAACUUCAGUGAGCUCAUCACAUCACCACUGCCGCCAAAAGUAAGCGGGCUUUGGUCGAUUCGCUUGAGCAGUGAACCAUGGCAUAGGCUUAUAUUAUUAGCUCUGCCCAAAACGACAAUGGUACUGAAAAUCGAAGAAGGCACGCUCGAAGAGCUGGAGGCAGCUAACAAUAAAUUUAAGAUCGAAAACGAUACCACCAUUUUUGCUGGGUUGAUGGGACAAAAGACGAUCAUUCAAGUCUGCGAAAACUCUAUGUUACAAUUAAGCUAUGAAAGGCAAACAGAGACGAUGAGCAUAAGUCUGGAAUGGCUUCCCCCAGCGGGUAUUAAGAUAAUGAAGGCAACCACUUCGUCGUGUCAGCUGGCGCUUGCUCUUUCGAACAAUGAAGUUGUUUACUUUGAGCUGGAUAUCACAGCCGGUGCGGAGACUUUGAACGAAUACCAAGGCAGGGUUGAGCUCCCUGAUAGGAUUACAGAUUUGAGUCUAUGCGACGUGUUCAGAAGCGAUUUUCUGGCUGUUGGGUGCCAGGAUUCGUCUGUUAAAAUAUAUGGACUCAAAGCUUCUGAUGAUUCCUUUCUAGAAAUGAUCUCAAUGCAAGUCUUACUUUCACCACCUAGCAGCGUAAAAUUCAUGCUCUCGAAGGCUCAUUUAUAUUUGCAUGUUGGUUUGAACUCGGGUGUUUACAUUCGCUCGAGUGUAGAUCGAUUUGAUGGCCAGCUUUUCGACCUGCGAACCAAGUUUUUGGGCUCAAAGCCUGUUAGAAUCACAGCUUUGCCACACAUCGAUGUUAACGCCGUAUCACAUAAUGAAGAGGAGGAAGGUGAUGAGGAUGAGGACGAGGAAAGUAGAGUCGAUGGUCGUGCAGCUUCGAGUGAAACGUCAUGUGUUGCUUUACAUUGUGACAAAGCUUGGGUCAGUUACGAAGCUGACGGUAUGUUCUACGUUAGGCCAAUGAUUCUCUCGAAAAACGUUUCAUUGGAGGCGAUUGCCGAAUUUCGAACAAGUGACAUCAAAAUAAAUGGAUGCUGCGCUCUAUCAUCGCGCGGGUCCCUCUUGAUUGGCCGCCUUGAUAAAUUUUCGAAACGUAAUGAGUGGUUUCAACAAAACGAAGAGCUUGACAUUCAUGAUGAGGCUGUGGAAAGGAAUGAAUAUCGCGGACACAGGAUCAUCGCAGACCCUGUAGAUCAAAAGUUAUUUUACAGUGUUGAAAAUGACAUCAACGGAGGCGCCUGCCGACUCUCAGCUCACCGAGCUGGGUUUUCAUUGGACAUCAACACAGAGGGGAAUAAAUAUUUUGGUAUUGAUGACGUUUGUCUAGGUGCGCAGAUCGCUAGAUUCGGAACCAGCAAUAAUUAUCUCGUGCUGUCCACUAAGAACCUAAAGCUCAAAACAUUUCUGAUAGAAAGAGGCUCUAAGGAAAAAAAAAACAGCCUCCAUAUCAAAUUCGUCCAUGAUACUGCUGUCGGUGAGAGCAUUCAUGCUAUUGCUUCCUUUUCUGACAAGUUAUUGGUUCCCUGCUCCAAUAACUUGAUACUAUAUGGAAUGGGACAAAAACAACUUUUGAAGAAGUCAAUCAGCCCUGUUCCUCCAUCAAUUUCCAAGAUCACAAGUGUGUGUACCUGGGGGAGUGACAGAGUAGCAGUUGGUGAUAUUCAUGAGUCCGUAACCCUAUUCAUUUUCGACAAGAAAUUAGAUCAGUUCAUAGGUCUGGCUGAUGAUGUCGUGAAGAGACAUGUAACGACUAUCACAUUCCUCGACAAAUCUACCGUUAUUGGAGGUGAUAGGUUUGGAAACGUAUGGGUACUGCGGGUACCCGCGCGCAUCGAAAAGCUCAUCAACGAAGAAUAUUCUUUUUUUGCGAGCAAAUAUGAAAGGAAGGACAGCAAUGAGCUUCCUCGAAACAUCAUGGAGUGUCCGUGUAAAUGGGAUGUGCUCAAUCAUUUUUACAUCAACGACAUACCUAUUUCAUUUCAGGUCGUCAAAGGUUUAGAUUUGUCAGACAGGGCAUGCGUUCUAUACACAGGUCUUCAAGGCACAAUUGCAUGUCUUGUUCCGCUCUUGACGAAGAAUGAGAUCGAAUUUUAUCAUGCAUUAGAAGAUACGCUUCGAAAUGCAGACGAGACGUUCUUCAUGAAGAAUGAAAAUGAAAGUGCGGCUCGAGACACUGAUAAUCGAGAUGAAGUUGGAAGCGUGGGCAGUACUUUAGGCAAACCAAAUCUUUCCAGUCCAAGGCCCAUGAUUGAAGGUGCUUAUAGUUUGGUGGGCCGCGAACAUUUGAUGUACAGAAGUUAUUACGCGCCUGUGAAAGGUGUAAUUGAUGGCGACUUCUGCGAAAGCUUUUUGUCUCUAUAUCCAAGUGAGCAGGAGUUUCUCGUGAGUCGCAUGUCCGUUAAGAGCGCAAAACAAGUUCAGAAUCGGUUGAUGGAAAUGCGCACCAGCAAUAUAUAG